UCCAGCCCAUGGACAUUUUUUUGGACCAAAAAACAGAACCGCAAAGUCUUGUACGCUGUCUCUUCGUCAGUGGGAGGUAGAAACAGUUAUCUCGCUUCUCUACGCACGAACCAAGCAUGACUCAGUUCCGCUUAAUAAAUGUUAAAGCUUGAAGAAUGAACCAUUGUUUUGAAUACUAUGGAAAGCAAUGCUUGGUGUGUUUUCGAUUCAGUUGAGAGAACCUGUGCUGAAAUUGAAAACCUUCCCAACAAAGUGGCAUUUCACCGCAAGAAACCUUACUUCAUUCCAGUACUCUGGGCUGCUACGUGAUUCUCCUUCAAAUGGAUCUCUAAACUUAGGGAAGGCAGUUCAUGGGCAGCUGGUAAAAAAUGGCCUGCCUUUGUGGAGCUUGUUGCUGAAUUUUUAUACAAAAUGCGGGAGCUUUGGGAGCGCUUGUCAGGUUCUUGAUGAAAUGCCAAAUAGAAAUGUUAUAUCUUGGACUGUGCUCAUUUCACGGUUAGUAUCCGAGGGACAUAGUUAUCCUGCUAUGAAUUUGUAUUGUAAUAUGAAAAAAGAUGGUGUUAGGCUAAAUGGUUUCACUUUAGUGACGGCCUUAAAAGCUUGUUCUAUGGGACUUGAGUUAUAUUUUGGAGCGCAGUUGCAUGCAGAAGUUAUUAAGAUUGGGGUUUUAUCAGAUAAAUUCGUUGCUUCUGCUAUUGUUGACCUUUACGCCAAAUGUGGUGAGAUGGAACUCGCAGAAAGAGCAUUGUUUUGCAUGCCGGAGAAGAAUGUUGUGUCAUGGAGUGCUUUUCUUAAUGGUUAUGCAAAUUUGGGUAAUAGCCAAGAGGUUUUGAAGUUGUUUUGUGGAACGAAAGGAACAGAAUUGAAGUUUAGUAAGUUCAUCUUACCGACUGUGUUUAAGAGUUGUGCGCAAUUGGGAAAUUUGCAAGGAGGCAGGGUUAUGCAUUCUCUUGCAAUUAAGGUUGGCUUUGAUAUUGAUGAAUAUCUGGGUUGCUGCAUUAUUGAUAUGUAUUCCAAGUGUGGGGUUGGUGAGGAUGCAAAGAAGGCGUUUGAGGCGAUCAAGGUUACCAAUGUGGUUGCCUGGAGUUCAAUGAUCACCUGCUUUGAUGGGCAAGGCAAGAGUCGAGAAGCAGCUGAGAUGUUCUGCUUAAUGAGACAUAAAGAGGUGAGACCAAAUCAUUAUACGUUUGCUAAUAUUGUUUGUACUGCAUCUAAUUUGGGUGAUUUGCGCUACUGUCAAAGCAUUCAUGCUUGUGUACUUAAAUUUGGAUUUGAAUCUGACAAGUUUGUAAGUAAUGCACUUAUCACCAUGUAUAUGAAAAUAAAAUCUGUUCGAAAUGGUUGGGGAGCGUUUAAUGCUAUGAGUUCGUGGGAUUCAACUUCAUGGAAUUCCCUUUUGUCUAGUCCUCAUGAACCUGCAACUUAUGAUCAGGGACCGAGAAUCUUCUGCAAGAUGCUUGAAGAAGGUUUUAGGCCUAAUAGUUACACUUUCGCUAGCAUUUUAAGAUUCAAUUGCACACUGGGAAAUUUUGACUUUGGAAAGCAAGUACAUGCCUAUAUAGUAAAAAAUGGCCUUAAUUGUAAUAAGUUUGUUGGAACAUCCCUUAUUGACAUGUAUGCCAAAAACGGAUGCUUGGAUGAUGCCGAGUUACUUUUUAAUGAAUUGAAUGAAAGAGAUCUUUUCAACUGGACUGUCAUCAUUGCCAGUUAUGCUCAAACUGAUCAGGGAGAGAAGGCUCUCAAAUGCUUCAAUCAGAUGCAACAUGCAGGAUUUAAGCCCAAUGAAUUUACUCUCUCAAGCUGUUUUAGUGGUUGCCGCAACUUAAGAAUGCUGGAAAGCGGCCGGCAACUCCAUUCCGUGUCAAUAAAGUCUGGACUUCUAACUGAUACCUAUGUUGCAAGUGCACUUACUGAUAUGUAUGGAAAAUGCCGGUGCAUAGAAGAUGCUGAGGCUGUUUUUAAGGACAUAGAUUUGCCUAACACUGUCUCAUGGAACACAAUUAUAUGUGCAUACUCUCAGCAUGGACAAGGAAAGAGAGCUAUUGAAGCCUUUAAAGUUAUGUUAGAUGAAGGUUUUGCUCCUGAUGAGGUUACAUUUAUAGGUGUUCUUUCUGCAUGCAGUCAAUUGGGUUUAAUUGAAGAAGCAAAAACGUUUUUUGAUUCAUUGAGUAAGGUCUACAUGAUUGCUCCUGCGAUUGAACACUGUGCUUGUAUGGUCAAUAUAUUGUGUCGAGCAGGUAAAUUUGAAGAAGUUGAAAGAUUUAUGGAGGAGAUGAAUCUAACCGAAAAUGCCAUGAUAUGGGAUACCGUUCUUUGGGCUUGUAAACUGCAUAGUGAUGUAGAAUUUGGUAAAAGAGCUGCCAGAAAGCUUUUUGAGCUUGAACCUGAACUGGAAUAUAAUUAUGUGACAUUAUCCAACAUGUUUGCAGGUAGAGGAAUGUGGGAUGAUGUUGAAAAAGUUAGAGCAUUAAUGUGCAAUCAAGGAAUUAAAAAGCAGCCAGGGUGCAGCUGGCUUGAGAUCCAUGGUGAAGCCUACUUGUUCUAUCCACAGGAUAAUUCUUAUCCAAGCAUCAAGGAGAUCAAUAUGCAGUUGGGGAAGCUGAUAAUGAAGAAUGAACAUGGAAUUGUUUCAGAUUUCGAGCAAAAUUGAAGGGCUUGAAUUCAGAUUAACCAUCAUUCGUGCAGAUUUUCGCUCAAAAGUUCGGGCAUGAGGCCUUGGUGCUGCUCACAUCAAAUAGCCAUUUUUUUCUUUUUUUUUUUUGGAACCCGAGACGAUUUGUAUAUCCUUGACAUGAUAAAUGAUAAAAACAAAAGAAUGUAAAGUGCGUGUCAAAAAAAUAUAAAUGAGAAAUAAAAAUUCUACCCAAAAAACAGUAUGUUUUUGAGAAAGUUUGUAGUUUUCACCUAUCAGAAAAUUGGGUUUUGGGGAAUUCGCAUAAUCUUUCACAGUUAAAUCCAUGGCGUCGGCUACAAACUUACUAAAAUUUGUGAAAUUUAGGGGUUUUUAUAAGGGAAAGUUUGAAGAGAUAAACCUUAAUAUUCCUAAAAGCUCAACCCCGCAGGCUCUGGAUUUAGGGUUUUAGGCAGGUUUUCAGAUGUC